AGUAUUAGUUUUUUUUUUAUUCAUAUGAGCCACAAAGGCGGGUACAACGGGGGGCGGGGGAAAUUCCAGCAUAUGCUAGGGGCAAGGAUCGAUCUCGUAACCUCGAGGUUACGAGAUGGGAGUGCUACCAUCAAGCCAACUCCACAUCCUUAAAAACAUGCGUAUGAUCUUCACAAGAUUCGAACAUGCAACUUCAAACUCUUAUAUUAAAUGUUUCACCAAUAAGCUAUGACAUAUUUUAUUACAGAGUAUUAGUUUAUUGUAUUCAAUGAAUUGGUAUAUAAAAAAUGAUUAAAGUUGUUUAAGUAUGUGAAAUGACCAAUAAGUUACUCCGUAUUUACCAAACAUAGCACCGUGCAAUUUGAAGAAUAGCAAAAUGCCCUUGUUAGGUUAUUACUCCGUACAAAAAAAUAAAAUAAAAAAAACCAAUAUCUAAAGCUUCACUUAAAUCAUAUGGAUUGGAGUGUAUGAACUCUGAAAAUGUUUGAUCCACCUGCUAGUUACUGGCAUCAAAUAUUCAACCUUGUAUUUGAUUACAGAGCAUUGGAAACUUUGGAGGAUCUCAUUGCUUCAUAAAUUCAAAGGAUUGCAGGUUUAUUGAACAACCCAUUUGUUGUUUUUGUAUUAUCUAUAUUUCCCAUUUUUCCAAAUCUUUUAUAUUUGAGAAAUUGGAUCUUUAUUAAUUGGAAAUUUUGAUAUUGAUCACAAUGUUAAUAGAGCUUAUAGAGGAAUUGAAUUCGAAUCGAACCACUUUCGAGGAUAUCCCAUCUUCAAUUAUGUGUGAUAUUUUGUCAAGACUCCCAACUAAGGCUUGCCUGAAUUGUAAGCUUGUUCGCAAAGAUUGGUAUAAGAUCAUUACUGGUUCUGAGUUCGCUUGUUUUCGUUCUUCUUGUUCGUAUUUCUUUGUCUUGCUUUAUGGUAAGCUGCAUAACAACAGGAAAGAUUUUUUACUGCUUGACUUAGACAAAUCCUCAAAGGUUGAUGAGAUGGGAAACCUUGAUAUUAGUGAUGAUUCAUUGAUUAGGUUCAAAUCUAUAAUUAACAUCCCGCAUGAUGAAUUGUAUGUUGUUAAUGAAUGCAAUGGGGUUAUCUGUUUAAAGUCUUGGGGGCAAUGGAGUCCGUACAUUGUAUGUAAUCUCUUAACUAGCGAACAGGUGAUUGUUGAGCAAUUUCGUGAGCCGUCUUGUUCAGUUGAGGUUUAUGGGUUGGGCUGCUGCCCUGUGUCGAACCAAUUCAAAGUUGUUAGAAUACUUAAGACAGUGGAGAGUUAUAGGUGUAUAGCUGAGAUACAGACACUCGGCACCAAUAAAUGGAGAACUGUUGGUGAUGCUCCAACAUUUCAGCUCAGGAAGAGUGGGGCUUUCCUUCAUGGUUCGCUUCAUAGGUACUCUUAUAGGGACAAUUGUUUAUGGUCAUUCCAUGUUGGAACUGAAAAAUUUUCGCUUGUCCCUGUACCAGAUGAUAUGAGGAGAGAGCUCUACACCGAAGUGAGUGUUUUCAAUUCUUGCCUGUGUUUCAGUUCUAUGUCUGAAAAUUGUAGUCAAUGUGAAAUUUGGCUUAUGAAGGAAUAUGGUGUGAAAGAUUCUUGGGUGAAGCAAUAUGUCUUCCAGGUUGACUCUCAUCGUAUGCCUCUACUGCAAUUGGAUACUGGGGAAACACUGGUUUCUUAUAGAAAUGGUGUUCGUCUUGGAGUAUGUGAUGGUGAAUCUGGAAAAUGUAAAAGAGUGCAGGUUCUUGGACUGUCUUCUUACAAAGUGUUGGCAUGUGCAAACAAAUUUGCAAAGUUUGAGGGUGCAUUUUAUGCAGCACAAGGUCUUCCUUCCUAAUAUGCUGGCAUGAUAGUCCUGAUCUUUUCUCAACUGUUACAGGAAGAGCAAUUUGAUUACUUUGAGCUUUCUGAAAAUGGCAUCAUCCUCGAAUUUUUGCAUCUUCAACAAGCAAACAAAUCCAGAAUGCAAAGAUAUCUGUCAUAAAACCCGGCACCAGCAGAAUGAAGUUGCGUUGAAAUAAAAGCGCAAACAAUCAGUAUGGCCUGAUAGUUUUGUGAUCCAGUUUUUGCAAUAUUCUCCUAACAUCAUUGAUUUUCAUUUUAAAUCUCGUUUUAACAGGACAUGGUUGAUCUGGAAGAACUAUUAGAUGAUUUAGAUCUAUUUGCAUUUGUCAUUUUGUCUAAUCUUAAUGUACUGAUAUCUUGUAACAUAGUAUAUUCUUUACCUUCUGUGUCAUUAAAAAAAAACUGCUGCUGUCAGCAAAUGUUUGUAGGAUGAUGUAUAUUGAACAAAUUUCAUUUAUACAUUCUUUGAUUUGUUAUAAAAUAGAGAUACUUGGUCUUUUGCUUCA